AGGGAUAUUUCCCUUUUCCUUAGUGAUCGCGUUUGCAUGGAUAAACUGAGUUGUUGCAAACGGAUAUUGGAUGUUUUCCGCUCAGAAACACUGCAGUUCGCAACUCGACAGUAGUCACCGGUAAUGGGUCAGUGCGUUUGACUAACCGAUGGUACUUGGUACGCUUGGUCAGCUUAGGCACGUGUUACUUACGCCUGCAUGCUUUACACCUAGAGAGUCCUUGGUUUCCCUGCUCUAGGAUUGCAGUCACUUCACUGUGUUCGUCAUUGACCUUACAUCAUCAUUACCAACAGCGGUACAUCAGCCAUUAGAUUUGAUACUUCGUUGCCAUACAAACAUGAUGACCUGAGGAAUAAAUAAUGAUAAGAUGGAGAGAAGAGGACUUACCUGAAAACCGUAAUGCCCUAAGCAAAUAUUCAGAGUCAAGGCUCCACACCUUGUGUUAACAACAUACCGUCACAAACAGCUACCCAUCAUGCAAAGAUAAGGCGGCAUCGGCGAGACAGCUUCCUUGUGGCUUUCACUGUCCUGCGUCAUAAUUAGCCAUUACCCCGCAGAUAACUCAGCACCAAACACACUUUAAACGCACUCCAACUAGGAGGCAGUGACAGGCGCGUCACUCGUGUCGGUUGCGAGUCAUGUCCUGUAAAGUCUCGAGUCGGGCACAAGGCAGGUCACUUUGACUCCAGUACGGAAGGCGAGACGGACCAACGGCACCCAGUUUGGUCGUCAGUGACUUCAUUUCACGUUACCAAGUCAACUUCUGUCCACGUCGAGCGUUGCGCCACCCUACACCUGGAGGAUUAAACAAGGCCCUCCUAGGUAAGCAGUGACCAGGCAUACGUAGUAAGUGCCCAAGCCAACGCCACUUACUCAGUGCUAUUUGUUGUUCUAAGCAACUAGCCUGGAUAUCAUUGUCUAGCACUCGCCUAUGCACAUUAUCGUUGCGACCAUGCUGGUGCCAUCCGAGACCAGCAGUGCUUCGCAGACCUUGAAGUGGGGAACGAAAUCACCGAUGUCCAAGCUGGGCGCUCUUGGUCCCUUUCUCGCGACUUAACCUGCAACUCGCGAUCAGCACUGAAUGAAUUUGUAGCCUCUAGUCGGGCUGCUUGCUCUCAGUUUGUUUGAUGCUAUUGUCUGCGUGGUUAGGUUGAUGAUCGCGCAGAGUAGCGUAAGCACAGAACAUGCUAUCUCUCUGUCCCCUUGUUUUACUAACACUGACCCUUUUUUCGUACGUUGGUCCUGACUCCUUAAUAUUCUUCGUUAACAGGUCGUUUUUUUAUGCACGGAGAAGCAUUAAUACGAAAUACGCAUGUGCAACUGCCGUUUUUCCUUCGAAAUGAAUGAUUACAUUGUAGUUUUGCAUCCACUCUUAUUUCUACUUUGCCUUUUUUGUUAGAUGUUGUCCUUCUUGCUGGGUACUCGUAUUACAGCAAACCAACCGAGUCGGCCAAAACAACUUUCGUAUUUGUGUGUUGAGAUUUACAUUUCGGUCGCUCCAUUUGGGCCCAUAUCCUUGUAUUCAUCAGUACUUCUAUGCUGGCUCAUUGGCUACCUUGUCGAAUCGAUGCGGAUGGUGUACGGACGAAUGCGUCCUCUUUCGGAUUCGAACAAAAGUGUCCACCUAAAGUGGACCAUACCGUGCGCAAAGCUCACAUCCGCGGAAGACCCGUCUCGGGGCUAA